UAAUUUUCACGUGUAGUUGUUAUCAGUGCCCCUUUGUUUAGGUUGCAUUUUACAAAACGUUAUGUAAAUUUUUCAGUUUUAAGGAGAGUUCAAAAUUUGCAAACCAUUGUAAAAUGCAUCGAAACUCGCGGUUAUAUGUUUUCUCAAGUAAUUUCCUAUCCAAACACAAGUUUUCAACUACCAGCCAGCUAAGAACCGUAGCUCCCGUGGAACUCUCCUAUAAUGUCUACGACACGGUUCAAAGCAGUUCUCAAGCUGCACCGGUACUAGUCCUGCAUGGAUUGUUCGGUUCCAAAUUUAACUGGAACAGCCUCUCGAAGGCUUUCCACCAGAAAACGAAACCCACGCGGAAGAUCUUCUCAAUCGAUGCGCGUAAUCAUGGAGAAAGUCCUCAUUCGGAGGUGCAUUCCUACGAGCACAUGGUAGCGGAUCUGGUGGCGCUCUACAAGAAGCUCAACAUUGAAAAGGCCUCCGUGAUUGGGCACAGCAUGGGUGGACGUGCCAUGAUGUUGCUAGCGUUGCAAUACCCCCAUCUUAUAGAUCGAGCCGUCAUCGUGGACAUAUCUCCUGCGCCCGGUAUCGGCACCAACAACACCAACAUCCCACUGUUUCUCCACUCGAUGAAGUCCAUCCGAAUCUCGGCGGAUCAGACGAUCCACCAGGCGCGGAAAGUCGCCGACGAACAGCUGGCCAAGAUCAUUGCCGAGAAGCCGUUGCGAGAUUUUCUCAUCACCAAUCUGGCCAAGUCGCCGGAAGAUGGCUCGUUCCGGUGGAGGAUCAACCUGGAUGCACUGGAACGGAAUUUCAACUCCGGAGUGGCGCAGUUUCCAGCUGUCGGAGGGUUACGCUUUGACGGCCCAACGUUAUUCAUCGCUGGAGGACGUUCGGAUUAUAUCCAACAAAAAGAUAUUCCUGUGAUCAAACAGCUUUUCCCAAAUUCGGAAAUAAAAUUUGUAGAAGGUGCUGGACAUUGGGUGCACAGUGAAAAAUCGGCGGAAUUCGCAAAGGUAGUUCUGAACUUUUUGAACGACAGUAACUUGCACUAAAAGUGCAUAGAAUAAACCCAAUUGUUUAUUGAA